GAAAAAUCCUAAAUUCUGAAUAAAGAGCUCAAAAGCAUCUCUGCCUACUUCUCGCAUAGAGCAAAAGCUCUGGUUUUGUAUACUUGUCUCGUUCGCUCCCAUCGAUUUCCAGCUCAGCUCUGCUGUUCCUUUGUCCUCUUCUUCGUCUUCGCCACCCGUGAGAGAUUGAUACCGUCACCGCCAGAAACCCUACAAUCUUGGAUUUGAGGCCCAAAUUAUUGCCACUUGCCACUAGGCGCUCAAUCAAACCAUUUUGCUCGGGCUCGCGGAGAUUUGAUAAGGGAGGAAGCUAAAAAGCGGCAAUGCUUGGAGUUCCUUGAGCUUGCAUGGCUGGUAUGGUUCUAUCUCAACAAUAGCUUACUUGUAGCCCCCCUCCCUGCUUCAAUUUCUCAGAGGAAGAGCAAAGAAGAGAUCUUGCUAAAAUUUUCCGGUUUGAGUUGAUAAUGGCCAGUAGAAGCUACUUCUCUUAUCUACUUGUAGUGUUGAUAGUUUUGAUCUUGAUGCCGCCUUCGAGCCAAUUGCAAUCUUCGCAAGCGUUGACUCUUCUUAGACUCCAGCGUCUGCUUAAUUUCCCAUUUGGUUUAACUAGCUGGGAUAGCAGGACUGAUUUCUGCAAUGCUGAACCAAAUCCAUUAGUAACUGUUGUAUGCUAUGAAGAGAGCAUAACACAAUUGCAUAUCAAUGGGAACAAUAGCUCCUCUAGGUUACCCAAAAGUUUCUCCAUUGAUUCAUUCUUCACCACACUUACAAGGCUCCCUAACCUGAAAGUCCUCUCCUUGACGUCCCUUGGGCUAUGGGGUCCAAUUCCUGCAAAGAUUUCAAGGCUAUCUUCCUUAGAGAUUUUAAAUAUGAGCUCAAAUUUGUUGGAUGGAACGAUUCCGAGUGAAAUUUCUCAUUUGAAGAAUCUUCAGACACUGAUUCUGGAUAAUAACAUUCUUGGUGGAAGACUACCAGAGUGGAUUGGCUCUUUUCCACUUAUGGCGGUUUUGAGUGUAAAGAACAAUGCCUUGAAUGGACCUUUGCCAGUUUCAUUAAGUAGCUUGGUGUCACUUAGAUUGCUUGUGCUCUCAUUCAACGCUUUCUCUGGACCAAUGCCUGAUCUUAGCUCUUUGGCUAAUCUUCAAGUUCUUGAUUUAGAGAGCAAUUUCUUUGGUCCUCAGUUCCCAAGUUUGAGCAAGAAGGUUGUUAAACUUUUCAUGAGAAAUAACAGCUUUAAAGGGGGAAUUCCAUCUGAGCUCAGUUCUUACUAUCUGCUUCAGCAGGUAGAUAUUUCUUCAAAUAGGUUUGUAGGGCCUUUCAUGCCAUCAUUGCUGUCACUUCCCUCAAUUCAGUCUAUCAACAUUUCUGGAAAUAGGUUUACUGGUAUGCUUUUUCCAAAUACAUCUUGCAAUGAUGAGCUAAAAGAUGUAGAUUUUUCAUCUAAUCUGUUGACUGGUAGCCUUCCAACAUGUCUAAGCUCGAGAUCCAAGGACGCCAUUGUUCUGUACUCUGGAAAUUGUUUGACAAACAAAGAUCAAAUUCAGCAUCCAAAUUCCUUCUGUCAGAAUCAGGCUUUUGCGGUCGAUUUGUUGCCUCGCAAGGAAAAGAAGACAUCGGUUCAUAAAGCAAUUGUUGCUGUAAGUGUGGGGGGAGCUGUUGUAGUAGCUCUGAUUGUCGCUUUCCUUUUGUUUACUGCCAUAAGAAGAGGACAAGCUAAAAGCGUUGUAAAAAGACCUCCAAGAAGACUGAUUGAGCAUGCUUCAAAUGGUUACCCUUCAAAACUGCUAGCUGAUGCCAGGUAUAUCUCUCAAACAAUGAAGCUGGGAGCACUUGGUAUUCCUUCAUAUCGUUCCUUUUCUUUGGACGAGCUUGAAGCAGCUACAAACAACUUUGACACAACAACUUUCAUAGGAGAAGGUUCUCUUGGUCAGAUGUACAGAGGAAAGCUCAGAGAUGGUUCACUCGUUGCAAUAAGGUGCUUAAAACUGAAAAAGCAACACAGUUCCCAGAACUUCAAUCGCCAUAUUGAGCUGAUUUCGAAGCUUAGACAUCGACAUUUGGUUAGCGCGCUUGGCCAUUGCUUUGAGUAUUACCUCGAAGAUUCCAGUGUCAGCACACUAUUUCUCGUUUUUGAAUAUGUAUCAAAUGGAACCCUUAGAAGCAACAUUUCAGGGCAAAAGCUUUCAUGGACACAAAGGAUAGCAGCUGCCAUUGGUGUGGCAAAGGGCAUCCAGUUUCUUCAUGCAGGAAUUAUACCUGGUGUGUUUGCAAAUGAUCUGACCAUAACAAAUGUUCUUAUGGAUCAUAACCUUGUUGCAAAAAUCAGCAGUUAUAACCUUCCAGUGCUAGCUGAGAUAAAAGCAGAGGUUAUGGUUGGAACUACUUUUGGAUCCAAGGAGCAUGUCAGAAGAACUUUGCAUGAAGAAAAAAUUGACAUCUAUGACUUUGGUGUAAUAUUAUUGGAAAUCAUAUCUGGAAGGCCUAUUACAACCCGGAUUGAUGCAAAAUUAUUGAAGGAACAGUUACAAGAAAGCAUAACCGCUGAUGGCGCUGCAAGGACAAAAAGCAUUGUUGAUCCAGUGCUCCCAAAGGCCUGUUGCAGCGAUUCACUGAAGACUGUUAUAGAAAUAUGCAUUCGGUGCAUUUCUGAGGAGCCUGCUGAGAGACCUUCAGUUGAAGAUGUGCUCUGGAACUUGCAGUUUGCCGCUCAGGUGCAAGAAGCAUGGAGGGGAGAUUCUAAUAGCAGUGAAGAUUCACCUUUAUCGCCACGUACACCAGCAUAGAAGCUCUGACGACUAGGAACUAGUGUCACUGUAACAUAACUCAAUGUUUUCUUCUUCUAAAAUGUGAAUGCCUGCAAGCAACCAGUCCCUCCUGAUCCAGUUUCUUCCAAGAAGCUUUCUGUUCAAAUGGGAGACAGAGAAGUCUGAAUCAAAGGAUUUGGAGAGUAAUCUCCCAGCUUCUUUCUGUAGCUGUGAUAACUAGUUUAGCACUGUAUAAGACCAUUCUAAGUGCUUCUCCCUUUGUAUUUCUAACUCUCCAGUUUUUUACUUCAAGCUUGCACAUAUAAAGAGUGCAAGGCUUUGUAAGUUUCUGUUGUAGUUUCCUUUUAACCAAUGUAUUUAGUGGAUGGACUUCUAAAUUGCAAGCUUAUUGGUAUCUAUGUGACAUAUAUUAACUAAACUAUGAA